CAAGAUCAUAAUCUAUAGAGCCUAGGAAAGGUUUAUACUAAAGAGUAUAGACUGUACUCUGUAGAGUAGUUUUUAGUUUUCAUUUUGAUGAAUUAAUCAAUGUUUCGAUCCCAUUCAUUUCCAAUUUCAUUCAAUUUAUUUCUUAGAUUUCGAUUUCCGUCAUUUAUCUGAAUUCCUCUGAUUAAAUCCCAAUUACAAAUAACAAUUACCAUGUCUUACUCUUCAAUUUCCCUAUUUCAUCUUCAAUCAAACCCAUCAAUAAACCCUAGAAGCUCAAUCUCCAUUGAAACAAAAUUCAACCCAUUUUUCCUAUCAUCCAUUUCAUCAAAACCCAAAUCCAAAUUCCAAAUCAAUUGCACCAUCAGAAAGCUUAGAGAAAGAAUCAACACUGUAAAAAACACCCAGAAAAUAGCCGAAGCUAUGAAACUCGUAGCUGCAGCUAAAGUUCGGAAAGCUCAAGAAGCAGUUAUAAACGGUAGACCCUUUGCUGAAUCUUUAGCUGAUAUGUUAUAUGAUAUCAAUCAAAGUCUUAUAUUAGAAGAUGUAGAUGUUCCUUUAGCUAGUUUUAGGACUGUUAAAAAAGUUGCACUUGUUGUUAUUACCGGUGAAAGAGGACUUUGUGGUGGGUUUAACAAUUCAAUCAUUAGGAAAGCUGAAUCUAGGGUUCUUGAAUUGAAAAGGGUAGGCUUAGAUUGUACAAUUAUCAGUGUAGGAAAAAAGGGUAAUUCUUAUUUUGCAAGGAGAUUACCUUCUGUAAUGGUGGAUAGAUUUGUUGAGGGGGAGGGAUUUCCAACUGUUAAAGAAGCACAAACCAUUGCAGAUGAUGUAUUUUCCCUCUUUGUGAGUGAAGAAGUCGAUAAAGUAGAGUUAUUGUAUACUAAAUUUGUGUCUCUAGUUAGGUCAGAUCCUGUGAUUCAGACAUUACUGCCGAUUUCGCCUAAAGGGAAGGCUGUUGAUGCUUAUGGUAAUAGUGUGGAUGCAUUAGAGGAUGAGUUUUUUAGGUUAACAUCUAGAGAAGGAAAAUUUGCUGUUGAAAGACUUAGAGUGGAUAAAAGUAAGCAAGAAAGGAAGAUAAAUUUGGAUUUUGAACAAGACCCUGUUCAGAUUCUUGAUGCUAUGAUGCCUCUAUAUCUUAAUAGUCAGAUACUUAGAGCAUUGCAAGAAUCGUUAGCGAGUGAGCUCGCGGCUAGGAUGAAUGCAAUGAAUAGUGCAACUGAUAAUGCUGUGGAGCUCAAGAAGAGACUGUCUAUUGCUUAUAAUAGAGAAAGACAGACAAAGAUCACUGAAGAGCUUUUGGAGAUAGUUGCUGGAGCUGAUGCUAUUAGACCAUUUGAUUAGUAAGGCAUUUGCUUCAUUUAUGUUACAACUUAUGAGUUUAUAAGGUUCUUGAUCAUUUGCUCAACUUUGAUGUAUGUUGUUCCAAUUUAUUGCCCCUUUCUUGCUCACUGAGUGUAUGUAUUCAUGUGUAAAGGCAAGGUUUGUGAUGAGUGUAAUAUAAUUCGCUAGCUAAUUUGCUUUUAUAAAUUUUUGUGAGACGGUCUCUCUUUAAUUGGGCUCGCCCAAAUUGAAAAUAUAGAGUAAGUUUUUCGGUAGGCAUUAAGAAUAUUAUAAGUGGGCAUUUAGAAUAAUAUAAGUACUUAAUUACUUACGCGGUGGCAUUAAGUAAAUUGUAGCUAGGUAAGUAGGCUAGUAAGCUAACUUUCUCAGUAGGCAUUAAGAAUAUUGUAAGUGGACAUUAAGAAUACAAUAAGUGGACUUUAAAGUUUAAUGGGCUGGGUGUGAGAGACGUCUCUCAAAACAUGGUCUCUCAGGAGACCCGCUGAUCUGGUUUUUCAAUUCUCAAUUCGUAAUUCGCUCAAAUUUACCCAAGAAUAGCCAAAAUCGAUCAUAAUUCACUUUUUAUGAUUAGCGAUUCGCGAGAAGAUUAGCGAAUUACGUGACACGUGACACAAAACUUUCGACAGUGUCAAGGUAGAUCAUUGAAGCGCGAAAGGAACUUCAUGUACACCGUAUCUCUGCCUGUCUGGGUACAGUAUAUAUGGAGUGUUAGCUUUGUUCAAUUGCUAUAUUUCUACUGUUUUUGGUUUUUGAUAUUUGUGGUUAGCUGAUUCAUAUGUAUAGUACUGUAGUUGUUGGCUAAAGUUCAGCAUUAAGGUUAUUGAAACAUAAUUCGCUAGUUAGUUCGUCCUUUGAAUUUGCGAUUCGCUAAAAAUGGUUCAAAAAGAGGCUAAAACCGACCAAAUUCGCUUUUUCGAUUCAGGAUUCGUGAGGCAAUAAACAAAUCAUGUGACACUGAUCAAGGUUGUUACUUACAUAGUGGCUCUUUGGUUACGCCUUUUGUAGAGUUGAAACUGGUUUGUUAGAUCGACGAAAACAUAUAGUGUAAUUUGGUAGCAAGUUCUAUUUCCAAACUGCUAGCAAGACAAUUUUCCGGAGUUUGAUUGCAUCGAAACCACCAAGUUCUAAACAAGUAUCCAUUUCAUCACAUUUGUGAAGUAGAGGAUUGGAAUUGGACCUAAAAUCUAGGUCUGGCAUGAUGCCUGCCUUCUUUGGUGUUCCUCAGCUUUUGUAACUUGUUCCCUAGUCCGUGCGUAGAUGGUAAUAUAUACAAGUAAAUGUUUUUUUAUUAGGGUAAGGCGGAAGAAUCCUCCAUAGGCAAGGGGAAGGGGAAAUGGAAAGCUUUAAACCACUAGGUCAACCCAUAAUUCUCGUAACAUUUUUACAGUCGAGUUAGUAACAACAAACAAAGUCGUGUUAAUUUUUUUUUCUUUUAUUCGCUAUUAGUAAUAUCAAACAAACCCUGACAUUAGGCUCGAACACGAAAAUGCUUAUUUGGGAAAUGAAAAUAAUCUGAAACUUAUUUUAGGAGUUUUUUCAAUUGGUGUCCAAACUAAUUAUGUGAACUUUGCUAUAUUGGAGCUACAUUGAGGACCAUGGAUGGACCAAGACCUUUUACACAAAUGAAGGAAUAUUUCUUUAUAGAAAGCAUAAGAUAAUAGAAGUAUUGUUUCAAACAUGCCCUUUUGGGGAGGGUUAAGGGCCAUCUCACCCUUAGCACAUGCGCUCCACCUACACCCCAAAUAACCCAUUAUCAUUGAUUAAGACUAUUUUUUAUACCCUUUCUAAAGUUGCUUUUGA